CUUCGCUGAGUGUUACAAAUUUAAAUAUUAAAUUUACCACGCCUGGUAUGAGGCAAGGUGUGUGCCAUGGGUGGUAUAACAAAGGCACUGGAAGUAUGUGAAAUGAUAAGCAACGUCGAGUGCACUCCACGGUGGAUCCAGCCGGUGCUCAAGGCCAACACCUUUGCUGAAGUAUGGUGUGAUAGAAAAGUGUACUAAACAGUAAUCAACGGCAAUUGGAGAGAGCCAAGAAAUAGUGGCCCAGUGUCAAAAUCGGCGCUGACCUCUUUUAUCGUGUGGUAUGCAAAAAAAUAAUAAAAAUGGUCUGUGUCUGUGAUGCAUUUGCGUUUGACGUACUGGUUCGUACCGAGCGUCAAUGAAUGUGAGCAUGUGUGCAAAUCGUUUACUCGCAUCAUUGGUGCUGAUAGGUAUCUGACGCAGUAAACGUUUCGUUCUUAAAUGGAGUCAAUUAAUUAUUCAAACAACGGUUACAACGGGCAUCGAAAAUGGUUGAACUCAUCUUGAAUCGAUCGUAUCGCAACAUUGGAUAUAUAUGAAUGGUGAAAAAUGAGCCGGUUAAACAACAAUGGGCCGGUUGAGCCGGUUGUCGGAUUCAAGCUAAUGCUGCAUCCCAACAGUUCCAAUGGUAAUGAAACAACCGAUUCCACCACGUCCAAUCCGGAGCUUCAUGUCCAUCUGAUCGGGGCGCGUCAUUUGCCAUCCAACUUUGGGCUGAAAAGCGUCGAAGGUUUCAUGGUGAAGGUGAAACUGUUUCCCGGUGCAAUCAAAUUUGAUUCCAUUAUCCAGAGCAAUUCGUGGCCGGAAUUCAAUGAAACAUUCCGAUUUCCGCUGGUAACCACACACAAGUCCUCUUUUCGCGUGAAAAAGAACGAUAAACAGAAGGACAAUUCGACCCAAUCACUUCCGGAGAAGAUUUUCAACGGGAACUUUGUCGUGUUUACCGUGUUCGCUCUACUGGAGCUUCCGCCCGGUUACACGUCGACGCUCAAAAGCAAAACGAUGACCUUCAUCCGGCAGGGUAGCCAACGGUUGAAGGAUAAGCCAGUGAUCGGCAAGCUGGUCAAGGAUAUCGAGCCAGCCACGGAGAAGAAUGCAAACUUCGACCAGAAGCAAAACCUCAAACGGCUUACGACGAGCGAAAGCCAGCGCAAUAUCGGUUCGGUGACGUACUUUCUCGAUCCGAAGUGUUUCAUUGCAGGCGAAACGGGCAGCCGGAAGCAUCCGCUCGUCUUCACCACCGAAGAGCUGUGGCUUCCGAUCAAAGACAUUACCAUCACACCGUCGGCAGAAUCGCGUAUCACAAUUCAAAGUAGUCCCCGAGGUCAGGUGGAGGUGACAUUGCAGCUGUGCGAUUACACCGAGGUGCACAUCGACACGAAGACUUCAUCGCGCGAGGACUGCAGCUUCAACAUUGACGGUCCGUACUCGUCACCACCGACUUCGCCGCUGUCCUUCUCUUCCGCCAGCUCGGAUGGACCAAAGGUGACACCGUUUGAGACGCGGCGCGGAUACUCCAACGGUUCACCGGUUCCCACCACGAACUCGCACAAAAACCGUUUCAGCUUCGAUGUGCGAAAGAUUGUCCGAAGUGUUAAGAACAAGGACAAAAACCACAAGGGCCUGUGUUUGAAGAUCUCGGUUGCGAAGAUGCGCUGCGGCAUCAAGGUGAAGGAAGAGUUCGAAUCCAUCGCGGAAAAGGUGUACCUCAAGACGACCGUACUGGAGCAUCAGAUACUGGCGGCCAGCUGGAAAUCGGAUCCAUUCCGACCGGCCCUAUCGAGUCGGUGGAAUGUGGACGACUGUACCGUGGUGGUUCCGCUGUGCGGUGAGGCUGGACUGGAGAACCUUUCGAUCAAAGUUGCAAUUGCCGCCAAAAACAAGGUUGGGAAGAAAACGCGCCUUGGGACGGUAUUCUUGGGACCGAAGUCACGUCAGUCCAAUCCGGCCAUGGAGGACCAGUGGCGGAAAAUGAUCAUGUACAAGGGAUCGCCGAUCUCUGUUUGGCACAGCUUCGAACAGGACACUUGAACUAGUUAUGCCUUGGUUUCCAGGGAUGUUGUGUAAAUAUCGAAUUAAAUAAUGAGUAUUUUACAUCUGUGACUUAUUAAUUUGAAAUAAAUAUUUAUUACGUGUGUUUAACAUAAAUAA